GUGGCGGUGGCCGUGCUGUCCAUACCCUUCUAUCAAGUUACUACUCUCCGUCAAGUCUCUGAUGCAAUGAUAGCAAAUGAGAGUUAUGGUUUUCACGAUUUCUUUGUAUUCGCAGAAUUAUCUUUCUUUGCGCUCUUGGUGUUCCUUGUCGUGAAUAUCUUCCAGAAGGUGCGACAAACCCCGAAAUUGCGCUCAGUCGCCAUUCUCGUGUUAGGCGAUGUAGGACGCAGCCCGCGAAUGAUGUACCAUGCAGAGAGCUUUGCGAAGCUGGAAUUUGACACCUAUCUCAUUGGAUACAGAGGCUCCAAGCCGAUACUUUCGCUAACCUCCCUCUCGAAUGUCAGGUUGUCCUACUUGUCAGAACCACCACCACCACUUGUUACCCGGAUUCCUUUCGUUCUAGCCGCUCCGAUCAAAAUUCUAUACCAGAUAGCCACCAUUCUAUACAAACUAGUCUUUGACAUACCCCGCCCGCCCGAGUUUAUCAUGGUGCAGAAUCCCCCAAGUAUUCCCACUCUUUCUUUAGUGUGGCUUGUCGGAGGGAUAAUGGGAAGCAAAGUAAUCAUCGACUGGCAUAACCUUGGGUAUAGCAUUCUCGCAUUGAAACUGGGAAGGACACAUCUACUCGUCAAUAUUGCAAAACGCUUUGAGAUCAUAUUCGGCAGUUCUGCAUACGCUCACCUCUUCGUCACAAACGCUAUGCGAAACCAUCUGGAACAGGAAUGGGGCUUGAUAGGACACAAGGCGGUCUUGCAUGAUCGUCCACCCAGCCACUUCCAUAAGUGUGUACCUCUAGAAGUCCAUGAGCUCUUCAUACGGCUUGGACGCUCGCUAUCGCCAUCACUUGUGGAUUUUCUCCCCAUUUCUCUCGCAUCUAGUUCCCCGAGUUCGCCCAGUCUUCGAAAAGAUCGCCCAGCGCUGCUGGUGAGUAGUACGUCAUGGACACCAGACGAAGACUUUGGCAUUCUCUUGGAGGCAUUGAAACUCUACGAGUCUCGUGCUCGUGAAGUAAACCUUGCAGAUUGUGAGAACUCGCAAUCAAAACACGAUUCAAAGGAACGACAAGUCUUGCCUCGCAUAUGGAUGGUCAUCACAGGCAAAGGGCCGCUUAAAGAACGAUACAUGGCAGAAGUGGAGCUCUUGCAAAAAAACUGGCAGUAUGUCAGGUGCACCAGUUUAUGGCUUGAAGCUGAAGACUACCCCCUUUUGCUGGGCUCUGCUGACUUGGGCAUAUCCUUGCACUCAAGUUCGUCCGCGCUCGAUUUACCAAUGAAAAUUGUAGAUAUGUUUGGAUGCGGACUCCCCGUUUGCGCCCUCGAUUUUGCAUGCCUUCCAGAGCUUGUCAAGGACCGUAUUAAUGGCCUGGUUUUCAGGAAUGCGUCUCAGCUGGCAGAGCAUCUGGAGACCCUCCUCACGUCUUUUCCUUCGUCACCUGCACUUGAUUCUUUACGGACAAAUUUGCAGCGAGCAUUACAGGUACCGCUCAAUGUCGAGCGUCAUGUCCAUAGCCACGAACACCAAGAAGAUGAUGACUGGGAGUGGAAUUCUUGGUCAGAGAACUGGAACCGCGUUGUGAAACCCCUAGUGCUGAGAGAUUCAGAACGAUUUGGUUGAAUUGUGGGUCUACUUUUGGAGCAAACGAUAUGGGAGUUUUGGAUGGACUUUCGACAGUGCGGUGUAGAAUUGUUCGUGAGCGAACGGAUCAAACUCUGAG